AUGGGGAUCAGGUCCAGAAAUGUUGCUAACGGUUCUGAGGAGCAGAGGGACAAAAAGACAUCAGCCCUGCCCGUGGACUUGGACCAAGGGGCCGGGGUGGACAAAGAUGGAGCUCUCCUGUUGGUGGCUCCAGGUCGGGAAGAUUUCAAGAGGAGCACGCAGGGUUUCGGACUGUUGGCCAAGACGCCCCUGGGGUACACGCGACCCGUUAAACGGAAUAACAUCAGGAAGCGGAGAAUUCAAACCCUUAUUUAUGACGCCCUGGAGAGACCGCGAGGAUGGGCGCUACUGUACCACGCGUUUGUGUAA